ACGGCUAGUUAAUAUCUAUUUAAAAAAUAUAUAUUAAAACUACGCUUCGGUUUUUAAGUUCUCGAGUUUCUGUGGUUCCAAUUAAUAUAUACUUAGGUAUAGGUACAUAUCCAAACGUAGGUAUAUUCCAGCGUAAAUAGCUACAAUUGAACAAUUGUCGCAUAAGUCAAUGCUCUCAAUUGAACGAUAUCACAGGCAAGUGUAUUAUCAAUGUCAUCCCACUUGCAAUAAGGUUUACAGCGACCUACUCCAGAGACCCCUCUUCCAUAAUAACUCCGAUACGCCCGCCGCGGUGGAAGCGUUGAUAUCUUCUUUUAGUUAUCCAAUAAUAGAUAUGGAGAGAGAUGCACAAAUUGCAUACCGGUGGUUACAUGCCUACAGUCGCUCACUGGCCAUCAGAGUGUAUAAACGCGUGCCAGAUACCGACAAUGCAUUUUUUUCUUAUAGUGUUUAUGAUAUUCGCGAGUGCUUGUGAAGGCUUUAAUAUACUAGCGCUGCUCCCGUACUCUGGGAAAAGCCACUUCAUGGUAUUCGAGCCUAUAAUUGAUGAGCUAGCGCGACGCGGUCACCAUGUUACUGUGGUAUCGUUCUUCCCUGCAGCGACCCCGCAUGAGAACAGGCGAGAUGUUAGUCUGGUAGGACUGGCGCCGCUUAACGUAGAAGUUAUGGACCUAAAGAAUUUUGACGGCGCGUCCCUCUUCACGAGAAAAUUCUACAACCAAUUUGUUCUUGUCACAGACUUAGUGAAUUUAAAUGUAGAAGUCUGUGAGCAGAUAUUGAACUCGGAUGUAUUCGAUGAGUUUUUGAAAGCACGAGGGGACUUCGAUGUGAUUUUGGUGGAGCAUUUCAAUACAGGCUGCAUGCAAGGUAUUGUGCACAAUUAUGGGGUACCAUCAAUAGGGCUGAUGUCGUGCGCGCUGCUACCGUGGGGUCCGGAGCGGGUUGGUGCACAGGUGGACCCAGCAAGGUUCCCGAGUAUGUUACUGCCUCUUACAGAUGACAUGACAUUUCUAGAGCUUGUCGAAAAUACUUUUAAUGUUUAUUUCUACAUAUACUGGCAGAACUACCUGUGUAGAAAAGAACAAACUCUUCUGGAGGAGAAACUUGGUUAUAAGCUGCCUCCUUUGGGUGAUAUAGAGAGCAACGCUAGUGUGAUCCUGAUAAAUACGCAUCAUACUCUGAAUGGAGUACGAGUCUUGCCGCCAUCUGUUGUUGAAGUCGGCGGUGUGCACCUUCAUAAUAAAUCUGUAAAGGCUUUGCCCGAGUAUUUGGAGAAGUGGAUAUCUCAAUCAAAGCAUGGCUUCAUAUUGUUCAGUUUUGGCUCUCUAAUACGCGGAUCGUCUUUACCGCCAAAACGUUUGGACGCCAUAUUGAAAAUUUUCGCGCUUUUACCGCAGCGUAUAAUUUGGAAAUGGGAAACCGAAGAUAUAAAAGAUCUACCGGAAAAUGUAUUGGUUUUGAAAUGGUUGCCGCAGUAUGACUUACUGCACCACCCGAGCUGCGUGGCAUUCAUAACGCACGCUGGCCUGCUAAGCCUCACGGAGGCAGUAGAGGCCGGCGUACCGAUGGUGAUGGUCCCGGUGUUGGGAGACCAGCCCGGGAACGCGGCGCACGCCCAGCGCGCCGGCAUCGCUGAAGUCAUACCGCUAUACGAUCUCGAUGAACAUACUUUGUAUGAAGCCUUGCUGAAGGUUUUGACGCCCGAAAUGAGAGCCCGCGCCAAAAAAUUCAGCCAGGUUUGGUCAGAGCGCCCUCUAUCGCCUAUGGACACAGCUAUUUACCACAUAGAGUACACUGCUCGCCACGGAGGUUUUAAUUCGCUCUCUCGAAGACACAACUAUAAUACUCAACUGUUUGUUAUCAAAUAUGGAACUUUGAUAGUUAUUUUGACCGUAAUUUUCGUUAUUGCCAGUUGCUGUUGCCGAACAAAAAAAGUUAAAGUUAAACUAAGCUAAACAGUGUUAUUUCUCUCGGAAGUAUCUUUGAUGGGUCGCUACUAAUAUUUUUUUUCUUAUUCAAUAUAAAUUAUGAUCGAUUAUGUAUAAUAUUUUAUUUUUACCAUUGGAUUAGCCUUACCUCAAUAUCAACCUGUGUGAUAUAAAACCUCCUUAUUUAAAGUGUCUGGUUUGUUCUUAUUUAUUAAAACAAUAUAAUUUAUAAAAAUACAUUUAUUGUCCCUGAUUUAACAUUUAUAAAAAUAUACAAAACAUUGUACAAAAAUAUUUAUUACGAUUUUUUAUCACAUAGUUAUGAGCAAACUAGUUUAGUGUAAAACACGAAGACAUCGACACCUAUAUUAUUUAAUGCUUCACUUUGACAUUCGAGAAUUCAUUAACAAAUAGAAAUAUAUAUUUUUUGUAAUUUUAAAACAUAACAGUUGAACUUUUUGAACCAUAUACAAUUGUCAUUUGUACAAAUUAAAAGUUUUCGAAACCCAAACUACCACUUACUUGUUAUUUAGUCUUAUUAGUCUAUGAUUUGAUCCCAAUGUACUAAAUACUACAGAGAAAUGAUAAUCACAGACUAGAAUAUCUAUAAAAAAUCCUUUUUUUAUAUAAAUAUGGUAUGUAUGUAUGGAAUGUUAUAAAGUUCAAGCCGAGUAUUACAUGUAAAUAACCUUAUUAUAUAGUCGAUAACACUUACAUACUAAUAUAAUUUUCAAUGUAGUAACAAUGUAAAAAAUAUUGUAUUUUUAUUACGAACUGCGAUAGAAUCACAUUAUGCAUAAAAGUCCGAUCAACACAGCCGUGCUUACAAAGAUUAUUGAUUAAUUUACCGUCAAAUAGUUAAAUAGUGCCUAAUUACUUUUUUAUUCGAGAAAUAGAUAAUUUUUAGUUAGGCUUAGAACUAGGUCACAUUCUGUGUCCUAGUUAUAGGAUCGCACGACAGAAAUACGUCUUCUUUCAUAGUUACUACUCAAAAUAAAAACAUUAUUAAUUAGUAAAUAUUUUGUAUACGUACUGAAUUACGUAAGCGUUGAUAAAAAUCAAUCUAGCAAAACUAUUCACGAUUGUUACAAACAUGUUAUACACCUUAUAUAAAAUCGUAAAAAAAUGGAAUUGGAAAAAUACCCGACUACAAAAUAAAAUUAUACAUAAUAAAAGGUACUUAUAGAUUCAAAUCGGCCGUCUCUGUACCUUUAAAUCAAGACGUUUAUAAA